AUUGCUUUCUCUGUCUCUCUCUCUCUCUCUCUCUCUCUAUCUGUCCCCACCCCAGUCAUCUGUGCCAUUUCCCCCCCAAUCCGACACUUAAUUGAGCAACCGGGACACCUCACGUGCAGGACUGAUUUGUAGUUUGAACACGUGGCUCAUUGAAAAAGGCAGAAGAACUUAGGUUUUUUUGUUGUUGUUGUUGUUUCCCGUUCUCUCGAUGUUAUUAAGAGGUGGUGCCUACACAAACGAGUGUGACAAUUUAGUAGCGUCGCCAAAGAAUAAAGAAACUUUCUCUAUUUUCUUCCCGGCCCUUGCCUCGCAGAGGUGACGGAAUAAAUAAUUCAGCACGUUUAAAUCAAGAGCAAACGCGAGUGCGCACACCCACGGCGGCGAUCUCGUCCAUCAAAUAUCUCAGUAGCUUGGAGUGAUUGGGAGAACACUCCCAGACCCUCCGCGGAGCGACAGUGCGGUUCUCUCUCUCCAAACACUGCCCAUCCGAGCGACGCGAUAAAGGGCUGCCCCUCUGCAACACGGUCGCCCUUUUUUGUAUUCAACAAAAUGAAUAAGCUCUACAUCGGGAACGUGAGCGAGCAGGCGAGCGCGCUGGACUUGGAAAGUAUCUUUGAGCAGUGGAAGAUACCUUUCAGUGCACCCUUUCUCGUAAAAAGUGGCUACGCGUUUGUGGAUUGCCCCGACGAAAAGGUAGCUAUGAGGGCCAUUGACACUCUUUCAGGCAAAGUAGAACUCCACGGAAAAGUCUUAGAAGUGGAGCACUCUGUCCCUAAACGACAAAGGAGCUGCAAGCUGCAGAUCAGGAAUAUCCCACCUCACAUGCAGUGGGAAGUUUUGGACGGGUUGUUAGCUCAGUACGGCACAGUGGAGAGCUGUGAACAAGUCAACACUGACACGGAGACCGCUGUUGUUAACGUGCGAUAUGCCGCGAAGGACCAAGCCAGAGAAGCUUUGGAUAAAUUAAAUGGCUUCCUUAUGGAGAACUACGCACUAAAGGUUUCCUAUAUCCCAGAUGAAACGGCUGCAGCAGAUGCCCCUGCCGUGGGUGGCAGGAGAGGUUUCAACUCACGCGGACCGCCUCGCCAAGGCUCUCCCAAUCUGGGCGCAAGACCUAAACUACAAUCAGACGUGCCUCUACGCAUGUUGGUGCCCACCCAGUUUGUAGGAGCUAUUAUUGGCAAAGAAGGUGCUACCAUCCGCAACAUAACCAAGCAGACUCAUUCAAAGAUUGAUAUCCAUCGUAAGGAGAAUGCAGGAGCCGCGGAGAAGCCCAUCACUGUUCACUCCACCCUUUUUUUUUUUUUUUUGUUCUUCAUUGUAUGCUGGAUUCUUGGCAUGCACCAGAUACUGUUUUUUUUGUUUGUUUUUAAAUCACUUUUUCCACAUUUCACCAAUCCCAGUCUGCAGGAUCUGACAUUGUAUAACCCAGAGCGCACCAUCACUGUAAAGGGCACAUUAGAGGCUUGUGCAAAAGCAGAAGAAGAAAUCAUGAAGAAAAUCCGUGAGUCCUACGAGAACGAUGUAGCUGCUAUGCAUCUACAGUCUAACCUGAUUCCAGGGCUCAAUCUGAACGCAUUGGGUAUUUUUCCUGGUGCAGCGAGUGGAGGGAUGUCACCCUCUGUUCUAUCAGGACCUCCAGCUGGGGCUCAAUCAUUUGGGUGCAGUGUGUUUGGGGGUGAGGUGCCAUUUUGGGCCUCUACACUCUCCUCCAGCUGCAGCACAGCCUUUUCUCAGCCACAGGUGGAGUCGGAAAACGUGCACCUCUUCAUUCCUGCUCUGGCAGUUGGUGCUAUUAUCGGCAAGCAGGGCCAGCACAUUAAACAGCUCAGCCGCUUUGCUGGUGCAUCAAUCAAAAUUGCACCUGCUGAUGAAAUUGACACCAAGCAAAGAAUGGUCAUUAUUACUGGACCACCAGAGGCACAGUUCAAGGCUCAGGGACGUAUCUUCGGGAAGUUAAAAGAGGAAAACUUCUUUGGUCCGAAGGAGGAGGUUAAAUUAGAGGCUCACAUAAAAGUGCCAUCAUUCGCCGCUGGCAGAGUCAUUGGCAAAGGAGGCAAAACGGUGAAUGAACUACAGAACUUGACCAGUGCAGAGGUGGUUGUCCCGCGGGACCAGACGCCUGAUGAAAAUGACCAAGUAGUAGUAAAAAUCACAGGCCACUUCUAUGCAAGCCAGCUGGCCCAGAGGAAGAUCCAGGAGAUUAUCUCUCAGGUGAGGCGGCAGCAACAGCCCAAGGCCUCGGCCACAGGUCCACCAGUCGCCCGGAGGAAAUAGAGCCACUGCGUCUUCUCGGAGACUGAAAGGACAUGGGGCACGUCCAUCUCAGGGGUCAGGGAAUGUCCUUAAACCCCGCCCGCUUUUACACCCAUUCCUUCUGAAAGUUUCAGUGAGAUUGUGUACACCUGCACCCCCCCCCACCACCACAGCCCCCCUCCUUUUCAAUCAAACCAUAAGAAAAUCUGCCACCCAGUCCUUGCCUUAAUAUGGUAACUGCACAGACCUUAAUUGACAGACAUUAAACUUUGUUUUUGUUAUGAGUUUACUGGGAAAUGCAGCAUUUGAGUGUAAAAGGCGUUUCAAGCCUGUUUUUUUUUGGGGGGGGGUAAGGAAUGGGUGACACAGGGUGGGGUUUAUGGUCUUUGGCUUGAGAUGGAAAGAGGAUUGUUGAUGGAAGUAUGCUGUCCCGGGAUCCAUAGUGGCAUUUUAUAAAUUCUGAUGCAUUUUAUAGAUUAAUAGAUAUAUACAUAUAUAAAAUUAUGAAAGAAGGUGGAGCAACACUGCCACUUAUGACUGAGGGAAGUGUUGAUUGGUGUUGGCCAGGAAACCAAGUUAAUAUGCAUUUUACUGAUCUACCUCAGGCUAGAGUACCUCAGAAAAAAAAGAAAAUGAUGUAUGAAAAAAUGUUCUGUUCUUUUUUCUUUUUUUUUUUUCUUUGUGGUAUUUUGUAUACUUUAUAGAGCUAAUAGUUCUUGAACAUUUUUAUUUUUUUAAGAAAAUGUAAAAUUUAGUCUGUAGUUAACGGAUGAAUCUCGAACUCCGCCUUGCUCUGUUUGCCGCGUGCGCGAUGAAUAACUGUAUAUACGUUUGCGUGGGUAAUAGUGGAGUUUGAGCUUCCGUGUUAGCUACAGAUAGGAGAAAGAAAAGAAAAGCGCCUCAGUUUCGCUGAGGAGCCACCACCCUCUGAACACCGUCAAGGUAAUGAGAAAUAACGCCAACCGUACAUACCGCAGCAAUGCCGUGCUAAUAUGCUAAUAACUGUAUCGGCGGUAGCAGACGUUUCACCCGCAUUUCAUUACACUUCAGUUAGGGUUGGAUGCAAGCAAUAGAGGUCAGGGAUAAGCAAGGUCCUGCUGUAACCUCUUUGACACCCCCUCAUCCUCAGUGCGACUAGUUGUCUAUCAAAUUAAAAUAACGACCAGCCCGAUUGAGGUUGUUUCUUCUUUUCCCGUGCUCGUCGUUUUUUCUCCCUUUGCUUUUUCAAAUAAUGCGCUCCGUUUGGUCUUGGGACGGGCGUUUUUUGGUUUUGUUUUUGCAUCAAACUGGGCUUUACAUGCCGAAGAUUUUCAGUGUUUAACGUCAGUCAAUGCAUAUUAGGGGUUCGGGGAGUUAAACUGUUCUGAUGUGUUUGCGUUGAUAGCUAUAGGUUACAAUAGUCGAGGGCGCGUCUCUAACGAGCAGUAACGUAGAGAUGGACGCGCGAAUGGUUUAAUUUAUAGCUUUCGUUUAUCAUUCAAAGUGAAAAAAGCAAAAAAAUAUAUAUGAACUUUAGCAAAGAAAAAACGUUUAGUAAAGAAACCAAUAUUCCUUUUUGUUUUCAUGCAGAAUGUUAAUAUGAUUUGAUUGUGGUAAGAGUGCAUCCAUGCUUCCACACUAGUAAGACCAUUGUCUACCUCAGCUGAGGAAGGGGUGGGUGGUGGGAAUACUUCCAUCUUACCUGAGACCUCCAGCGCGCGCAGCGAUACCUCAAGUCCCUCGCGAACACUUCCGCACUGGGUACACGCGUGGGGCCGAGCGCUGACCAGAGGGGCACAAGUGAUCGUUUUGUUUUUCUUUCCACCCUUCUCUUACACCGUUUUUGAUCUACCUCUUAUUAGAAAAGUAUUUAAAUUAGAGGCAUAUUGCUAUGUGUUAGAAUCUAUAGGGUCAUGUUCCAUCUGCCCUUUCCUCAC